AGAACUGUCAUUCGUUAUCGUUUCUCCGGUGGGGUAUGUGCGUUAAAACGUUUAAUGAAAUGUGCUAUAAAUUCGGUUAUAUCGUGAAAAAAAACUGAUAAUAAACAAACAUUCUCAUUGUGAUAGUGUUAUUAAAUUUGUACUAUUUUUUAAAUAGUUCUAUAAAUUUUUUGAACGAUAUUUUCGGGCAAUGGUAUCACUGUCGUCGAGGUGGUAUUUUUAAUAAUAUAAAUUGUGUUUAAAUUUUAACAAUAUGGGUAAAUUGUUGAGUUUGUUGGCCCGUGAUGAUUCCAACUGUUGUUCUUCACCGCGAUAUGAUAUAUUCUUGGAUUUCGAGAACGCAGCACCCACUGAUACGGAGCGCGAUGUUUACGAAGAAGUUCAAAGAGUUCUCAUAGAUUCUGACAGAAUAUUAGAAGAAAUACAGUGUUAUAAGGGGGCGGGCAAAGAAAUACGAGAAGCUAUAGCAGAUCCUUCGACUAUUACACAGGAGAGAGCGUGGCGGGCCGUAAAACCUUUAGUCGACAAACUUCUUAGAUUCUACAAUCAUUCGCUGGAACUGCAAAGGGUUGUACCAAGACUACUGGGGUCACUCGUCGGCGGUGGUAUGAGUCCAACACAGCAUUUGGAGCAGCAGCAAGCCCUGGUGAAACAGUUUGCGGAAAUACUGGAAUUCGUGCUCAAAUUCGACGAACAUAAGAUGAAAACGCCAGCGAUCCAGAACGACUUCAGCUACUACAGGCGUAUAGUGUCGCGGGGUGGUCUGAUCAACGCGGAGCUGCCUCCAGGCGAAGAGCCUCACAUAGGGGCAGAAGUUGCGAACCGAAUGUCGCUGUUCUACGCACAAGCGACGCCGAUGCUCAAAGUGCUGUCUGAAGCAACAAGCCAAUUUGUGAACGACAACCAGCAGGAUUUAGAGAACACAACGGAGACGCUGAGCACGAUGGCCAAAGUCUGCUUGAGGAUGUUGGAAAAUCCCAAACUAGUGGCACAGUUCAGCCGCGAAGAAACGUCAUUGCUCGUGCUACGCGUGAUGGUCGGUUUGAUCAUUCUCUACGACUGGGUGCACCCCUCGGGCGCGUUCUGUCGUUCCUCCUCAGUAGACGUCAAGGGCUGCGUCAAAUUCCUUCAACAACAGCCCCCACCCAAAGCCGAGCCACUCCUAAACGCUCUCAGAUACACGACAAAACACCUCAACAGUCAAUCCACGCCCAAGAAUAUAAGAGCCCUGCUAGCUGCGUGAGGACAGCAUUCCAGCCUUGCAUGUUGUUGUGGGGAAUGAUGUGACAAUAAAUAUGGGGAUUUCUCGUUGGCAUUUGUUUUGCGUCGUCGUACACGGGUUGUGGCGUGAUCUAUAGAUUCCAGUUUAAUCGAGCGUCAAAAGUUCCUCCAUACGAGAUCAAGCCACAACCUAUAUUCUAGUGAAAUAGGUUUAAGGUCAAGAAUAUGUAUAAGGUGUGACGUUUUCCUAAGUUUCCUGUUACUACGUGAUAACGGAUAUUCCUCGUUUAUUGAGCUAUAUUUAUUUUUGAUAUUUUCUGCAACACUUCUGAUUCCGGCAGCCCUAGAGUGGUCUAUGUAAUUAUUGUUGCUACGAUACAACGCUGCACGAACUAGUGACACCAUGUAGAUGAAGCUUUAAAAGUAAAUAUAUAUUUUUUGAGAAAUCAUUCCCUUACCCCACACAAAUGCAAGGUUACUAUACUUUGUCACAACUCCAGAUCCUAUGAUAUUUGCAAACUGUUAGAAUAAGAUGCUAGUUUAAAUUUAUCGGAAUAUUAUAAACAUAUUGUAAUAAGUGUAUUAAUGAAAACUUCUAAUUGGUUACCACAAAUAUUGUGCAAUACUAACUUCCAGUGACUUUUUCCUUCGUGUUUAUCUUAUGAAUAUAUUUACUGAAGUAAGUGGAAAUAACAGCAAAAUAAUAAUAAUUAAAUAUAGAAUGUAUUUAAUGAUAAAGAUACACAGUAUAAAGGGUGGAAUAAAGUAAAACUAGGAUCUACGAAGAAAAUAUUUUUGGUAACCCAACGAAUUAUUACUAACCUAUUUCUAAGGCGUCCAAAGAGGCAAGAACAAACUAUAAUAGUUUGUCAUAGAAAAAAUGUAAGGAAAUUGCACUAAUCAUAGUUACUAUUUGGAUAUAUUUAAAAUAUGAAGGAUAGAAAAUAAUAUGUGGUAUCGAAGCAGACUAGUGUUAUUGAAUCAAAGUUGCAUUUUAAUGUAAAAAAUAUGGUCAGAAAUGUAUUUUAUGGUACGCCUUAUGACUUCUGAUUUUAAAAAAUAAUCAAUAAAUAAUAUACGUGUACACUGCCUCAAUGUUAUCAAGUGAUUUUUAAUAUAAUAAUGUUUACUAGUUCAAUAUUAUUAUUUGAGAAAUUUUACAACUGAUAUUUUUACAUAAUAUUAUUGUUAACUACUUAUAAAAAGCUGCGUACGCUCAAAUUAUUACCCUAUCAAAACUUUGAUUGAAUAUACAAUAAAUAUAAAAAAGUUAAUCGUCAUGUAAAGAUCCAAGACUGUAUGAAAACAUGCAAAUUUUAAAAACCUUUACAGGAAGUUUUAAAUUACAAUCAUUACCAAAUACAACACAAUGGUUUUUAUAUGAUUUCGAUAUAGUUUGGCAUUCUAGUCUUCCAUUUCAAACAAUUUCCUAUCAGUGAUUUUUUUUAUACGAAUUUAUAUUAACCACAAAUCCAAUUUUAGUUGUCACAGGGUAAAGCACAAAAUAACACUUCCUAACAAAAUAAAAUCAAAACAAAUAUCUCAUGCAGUUAUCUGUAUAGCAUUUACAAAAUUUUCCUGCAUGCAUUUAGUAUUAAAACUUAUAUUGAAUAUAUUAAAUCGAUUUAGAAUGUUAGUUAAUUGUAUUACUUGCACAAAUAGCACAUUAUUGUUAUUUAUUAGUGUAGUGAAUAUCUUGUUGAGAUGUUUUCGUAAUUAUAGUUAUGUCCAAAUAUGCAACCCUUUACUUUAAGGAAUUGUACAAUCGUCACUGCCCAGUUGAUGAUAUUUUUGACAUUUUUUCAAAGGCAAAUUGUAGUCGAAAUAAAUAGGUAUUAAUUUUAGUAUGAGAAGAGGAAAUUUUAUACAUACGAUGUAACUUGAUAACUAAUGCGUUAAUAUAUUAUGUAGUCAGAAUUAAAAUGAUAUCGUGUGUAUAAAAUCGAUCCUUAUAUGAGACUAAAAAGUCCGGAGAUUAGAAAUAAAAUACUAGGUGAAAUGUUUGAAAUUAUAAAAGUCGCAAAUUCGAAUAUUACUCUGUUAUAAUAAUUAUUAUUGUCUAUUUGAAAUGCACUGUCAUUAUUUAUAUUUACUUAAUAUUAAACUUGUGAUAUAAUUGCGCUAUUAGAUUGCAAAUAAAUACAUAUUUUAAAUUUCCUAUAUCUAUUUCUAUUAAAUAGUGAAAAUGUUUAGUGAAAUAUUGCUGCUUCUUAAAUUAGC